AAAACCCCAGCCCUCCAAACAAUUCCCAGCAUCGCCGUCAACCCCGUCACAAGCGACUCACCGCAUCUUCUUCACACGCACACACACAGCAUGGUUAAUAUAGAAGUAGAGCGCGUGUUUAUCGGAGGCGGUUGCAACAGAAUAGUGAACAAUGUUUCUUGGGGCGCCUGCGGUCUUGUUUCUUUUGGCUCCCAAAACGCCGUUUCCAUUUUUAACCCUCAGACUGCAAAGAUAUUGACUACACUGCCAGGUCAUAAGGCUUCAGUUAACUGUACACAUUGGCUUCCAAACAGCAAGUUUGCAUAUAAAGCAAGUGAUUGGGAAAAGCAUUAUUUAUUAUCUGGUGAUGCUCAAGGAGUUAUUGUUUUAUGGGAGUUUACUCUAGCUGAAAAUAAGUGGAGAUAUGUAUCACAACUGGAGGUAUCACACAAGAAAGGUGUUACGUGCAUUACUGCAGUUGUGUUAUCUCGAAAUGAAGCAAUAUUUGCAUCUACGUCUUCGGACUGUGUUGUUAAUCUGUGGAAACUAGCCCUAUCUGAUGGUGCAGGCGAUUGUACUAUUAUAAAUUUGCAUUCCCUUUCUACUGGUUUGAAACCAAUGGUUACACUUUCUCUAGCGGAAUUGCCAGGAAGUACCACACACCUUAUUUUGGCUAUGGGGGGACUCGAUAACAAGAUUCAUUUGUAUUGCGGUGAGAGGACAGGACAGUUUGUUCGUGCUUGUGAGCUAAAAGGGCAUACAGAUUGGAUUAGAAGUUUGGAUUUUUCAUUACCCUUAUCACUAACUGGAGAGCCACAUAAUCUUCUUCUUGUUAGUUCUUCUCAAGAUAAAGGCAUACGUAUAUGGAAAAUGGUACUGUGUGAUUCUGCUGGUAAUUUUGAUAAAACAAAAGCAGUAAACAGCCUGGCCUAUUACAUAAAAGGUCCUGUUUUUGUAGCGGGCUCUUUCUCUUAUCAAGUAUCAUUAGAAUCGCUUGUCAUAGGUCAUGAGGAUUGGGUAUAUUCAGUCGAGUGGCAGCCACCUUCAUUAAAAGAAAAUAAAACAUGCUAUCAACCCCAAAGCAUCUUAUCUGCAUCUAUGGACAAGACUAUGAUGAUAUGGCAACCCGAGAGAACAACAGGUAUCUGGGUCAAUGUAGUGACUGUUGGGGAGUUGAGUCAUUCUGCUUUAGGGUUCUAUGGUGGGCAUUGGAGCCCGGAUGGUGAUUCUAUAUUAGCCCAUGGUUACGGUGGAUCAUUCCAUCUUUGGAAGAAUUUUGGUUCUGAGAUUGGUAAUUGGAAACCCCAAAAAGUUCCAUCUGGGCAUUUUGCAGCAGUGACAGAUAUAGCAUGGGGUCGGUGUGGUGAAUAUCUGAUGUCAGUCAGCGAUGAUCAGACGACUAGAAUAUUUGCUUUGUGGCUAAACGAGGCUAAGUUAAGAGGAGAUGACACUUGGCAUGAAAUUGCUCGCCCUCAAGUUCAUGGUCACGAUAUUAAUUGCUUAGCAAUUAUUCAAGGAAAAGGGAACCACAGAUUUGUAAGCGGAGCUGAUGAGAAAGUUGCUAGAGUUUUUGAAGCCCCUUUAUCAUUCUUGAAAACGCUAAAUCACGCAACUUCUAAUCUACAUGAUGACCUGCAAGUUGAUGUCCAGGUAUUGGGUGCCAAUAUGUCAGCUCUCGGUCUGUCUCAGAAGCCUAUUUAUGUUCAAGCUUCAAGCGAAACAUCAGAGAGAAGUGGUAACGAAGGUUUUGAUACACUCGAGACUAUCCCAGAUGCAGUUCCUUCAGUUUUGACUGAACCUCCUAUUGAGGAACAGUUAGCAUGGCAUACAUUAUGGCCUGAGUCCCACAAACUAUAUGGUCAUGGAAAUGAACUCUUUUCACUAUGUUGUGAUCACCAAGGGAAACUUGUUGCCUCAUCUUGUAAGGCCCAAUCAAUGUCAGUGGCGGAAAUAUGGCUUUGGGAGGUUGGUACAUGGAAGGCAGUUGGCCGAUUGCAAUCUCAUAGCUUAACAGUUACCCGAAUGGAAUUCUCUCACGAUGACAAAUAUCUUUUGGCCGUCUCAAGGGAUCGCCAUUUGUCACUCUUUUUUAUAGAUCAAACAGAUCAAACCAGUUACCAGCUUUUAACAAGGCAAGAGGCACACAAACGAAUAGUAUGGGCAUGCUCUUGGAACCCCUUUGGUCACCAGUUUGCCACUGGUUCAAGAGACAAGAUCGUAAAGAUCUGGGAGGUGCAGAAAGAAUCUUGUGUGCAACUUAUGACUCUGCCUGCUUUCAAAAGCAGCGUCACCGCCCUAUCAUGGACAGGCCUUCACGAACAUAAUAACAACGGGGUUCUUGCAGUUGGAAUGGAAAAUGGGCUUAUAGAGCUAUGGAGUCUCUCUUUUGCAAAUAGUGAACAGGAUUCUAGUAUUUCACCACCAAAAGCCUCUCUAAUCAUCCAAUUCGAUCCGUUUAUGUGCCAUGUUUCAUCAGUGAACCGUUUAGCAUGGAGAAUCUCCACAAAGGAUGAUGGUUCCGAAAGUAUGCAGCUUGCUUCAUGUGGAGCUGAUCAUUGUGUUAGAAUAUUCAAAGUAAGUUUUGUCUAAGCUGGUAUUGCGGAGUUCAUGAAGGGCUUCAUAUUGAUAUUUUAUACUAUCAACAGUCCAAAAAGUGUCGAGACUUCUUGGUGCCCUAGGAUCUCACCCAUUAACUUUUAUUAUCUUGUGACAUGGAGAAACAUAAAGUUUUGUAAAAAUGUACCAGUUCUAUUAGUUUUGCUUGCCAGUUUUGUGUUUUUCUUUUUAGAAAAUUAUAUAUGUAAAGAACAUGGCACAUGCUUUGACAUGUGAUAGUUAAGGAAAACUGUUUUCUA